ACAGAAGUUAUGAAGCAGCAUUCUAAAGACCGCUGCUCCCUAACUUGUCAGCCUGCUCUGAGGCGGCGGACAGAAAUCAACCUGAUCGAAUAUGAUCGGGUUGAUUGACACUCCCUGCUAGCGGCCGAUUGUCCACAAAUCUGCAGGGGGCGGCAUUGCACCAGUAGUUCACAAGAACUGCUGGUGAAAUGAUAAAUGCUGACAGCGUAUGCUGUAGGUAUGAUACGCUACUUCGUAUAAUGUCCGCUUGCACUUUGUUAAAUAUGCCCCAUUAUCUGAUGGAGCAUGCCUAGAAGCAAAUAAGCUGCUGUGAAAUACAAUGCCUGUGUUUCUGAUGCUAGACACUGAUAAGAGGUGGGGAAGACUACUCUAAACAGCAUGGCUAUAAAUGAAGGAUGCUUCAUCCACCCUAGAACUCUGUCCGUUCUGUGGGAAAUCGUUUAAGAGGCUGAAGUCACAUUUACCCCACUGCAAAGCCGCAAGUAACAAAAAGGAACUUGCUCCUGACCGCAAAAAAAAUGAGGCAAUUUUUAGCCCGCCGACUGGUAAAAAGACGAAGUCAAAGAAAAACAUACAUGUAGACCAGGAACUAGGAGAGAGGAGCAAUGUGGGAACAGGAAAGGGCAAUAGACAGCCUAAAAAGUUUGUCCUGGAGGACAAGAAAUCACCUCCAGUAAGUGUAAAAAUGAACAAAACUAUAAUAAAUAUUCCACAGUUCACAGCAACAGAUCAACAGCGCAACAUAAUAAAUAAGGUGUAUUCAGCUCAAGAUUUGAGAGACCAUUCAACAAAGAACUCAUUAGCUAAUAUAUUAACUGGCUCCAAUGUGAUCUUAAAACAACCUGAGAAGCUUCAAACAGUGGCAGCACCAAAAACUCCCAUUCUGCCAAAUUCUCCAGUCAACACAGAUGCCCAAGAACUUGUUCUGGAUAAUAAAGAAAUUAUUAGAGCAGAUAAAAUAUUGCAGGACCAUCAAGGGAUGUUCCAGCCUAUUACAGCAAUUGUUGCAACAGACAUAGACAAACCUUUUAAAAUCUCUCGAAAUGAAUCAUGUGCUAGGGAAGAUAGAUGGAAUGCCAGUAAAACCGUAGUCUGGGACCAUAUCAAAGAUUGUCUGUUUGAGAAACAUCAGCAGUUUUCAGAUAUCCGUCUUUUCAAUACAAACACAUCUCAAAUAUUUGGAUCUACUUCUAGGACAUGUAACAUUCCUCUUGCUAAAGGCUAUAUAGAAUGUAUACAAGGUUGUUCUGAUAUCCACAACAAGAAUAACAUGGAUGAGGUUAAAAUGUCCUCCCCUGAAAAUCAUUCAGUUACUAAUCAGGUUUCCCCAUCACGGCCUCCAUAUGACAAAGGGGUCUGUUCACAGGGGUUCCAGUGGAUACCUGAACUAUAUACCAAUUAUUUAAGCUUGCGCCUUUUACCAGGGAAGCUUGAUUUGAAGGACCUUGAGAGGCGAGUCAUUGAAUCUGACACCUCCGGAAUACCUCUGUCAGAUGUUCCUCUGGAAGCCAGGUCUCUAAUGGACACAAGACUUGGAGAGUUGCCUUCUUGGCUAGCAAAGCACAGACUAUCAGCUAAAACAUUCCCAAGAAUAGUGCAAAAAGCCUGGGGACGUUAUUAUGAGAAAUACAUCAAUGUGCGGAGAGGUGGCAUGGGGGGCCUGGCUAUGGUGCUGUUUGGAUACUGUGUCCUCAGUUACGGAUGGAACUACAAUCAUAUCAGUAAGACAGAAGGGCACAUCCUUCUCCUUCUACGGAACAGACAAGGGCAAAAUGACCUAAGAGGUCCCUCCAGUAGCAUCUUAUUCACUACCUCUCACUCAUGUGCACAGAACAGGAGUCCCUCUUAAAGGGACAGUAAACAGCUUGUAAUUACAAGACAUUUCUGUUGUGCUGCUAUAGAAUAACAUAUCAGCCAAGUCACAAGAAUUUUAAAACAAAUUAAUAACCAAUAAAUAAUGACAACAAUUGAAAAUUAA